GAUAUGUCUGCCUACGUGAAAAAAAUCCAAUUCAAGCUGCACGAAAGCUACGGCAAUCCUUUAAGAGUUGUUACCAAACCACCAUAUGAAAUCACCGAAACAGGCUGGGGUGAAUUUGAAAUAAUCAUUAAGAUAUUUUUCAUUGAUCCAAAUGAAAGACCUGUAACCUUGUAUCACUUGCUGAAGCUUUUCCAGUCUGAUACCAAUGCCAUCCUUGGAAAGAAAACUGUAGUUUCUGAAUUCUAUGAUGAAAUGAUAUUUCAAGAUCCUACUGCAAUGAUGCAGCAGCUGUUAACAACGUCUCGUCAGCUGACACUAGGUGCUUACAAGCAUGAAACAGAGUUUGCAGAUCUUGAAGUGAAAACCAGGGAAAAGCUGGAAGCUGCCAAAAAGAAAACUAGUUUCGAAAUUGCUGAACUUAAGGAAAGGCUAAAAGCAAGCCGUGAAACCAUCAACUGUUUAAAGAAUGAAAUCAGAAAACUUGAAGAAGAUGAUCAGUCUAAAGAUAUGUAAGAAGUGCUGACUUCGUAAAGAGCCUACGCUGAAGACAGAAAGACUUCAAUCAUGGAAUUGUAUAUGUUCUCUUGAAAUCUGUAACUGAGACUGUGAAUUUCCCUUGCAAAUGAUUGAAG